UUGACCUACUUCGACAUCAAGGGCGUCGCCGAGAAGGUGCGCCUCGCCUUCGUCCUCGCGGGCGUGCCCUUCGACGACCAGCGCAUCUCUUUCUCCGACUGGGCGGAGCUCAAGGCGACGACGCGCUACGGCCAGCUGCCCUGCCUCAGGGCCGGCGGCGACGAGCUCUACCAGAGCGGCGCCAUGCUCAAGUACGUCGCGCUCGCCGAGGAGGAGCGCCUCUACCCGAUCGCCGACCUCGCCAAGUGCGUGCACAUCGAGGAGGUCCUGGGCGUCCUCGACGACCUCGCGCGCGCGUGGCGGCCCUGCGUCGCCGUCGUCUCGCGGCCCCAGGACUACGGGCACCCGGCGGACCUCGACGCCGCGGCCAAGGACGCGCUGGCGAAGACGCUCCGCGAGAACUUCCUCGCGAACGAGCUGCCCAAGUACAUGGCCUUCCUCUCCGCGCACAUCGACGCGACGGGCUACUUCCUCUGCGGCGAGACGCCGACGAUCGCGGACUGCGCCGCGCUGCCCCAGCUCCAGUACUUCUCCGCGGGCAUCGCGGACCACGUCCCGAGCGACUGCCUCUACCCCUACGGCACGAUCACGAGCUACGUCGACCGCAUGCUCGCCAUCGACGCCGUCAAGCACUACUACGAGAAGUGCAAGGCGAAGAAGGCCUACCGGGACUCGAAGGCCUGA